AUGCACAGCUUAACCCUUAUUCGCAAUCUAGCCCACUCGGUGAUGAAUACUGACGUUGGUCAACUGAGAAGCAUCGGGGAGUUAAAUAGGGCUCUCUUAGAAUUGGAAGAGUAUGAGAAUUCCCUUGCUGCCUCGAUUAAGAAGUAUGAAUUGCGACGCACCGAGCUAGAUGAAAAACUCCAAGAGUUGGGGAAUUCGUUACCCAAAAUGUCUGCAUUAAAUAAAGAAGCCGUAGGUCUCUCCGCUAUUGUGAGCAAUGCCGCGACUAUCGGGAUACAGUUAAGUGGAAAAGUUAGACAGCUUGAUGUAGCAAAGAAUCGAGUUCAAAAUGUUGAAGCACUGAUAGGGCACGUUAUAACUCUUUGCAAGUGCCUAGAUGAUACGCAAAAAGCCCUCGAAUCAAAUAAUGUUGUAGAGGCCGCUAAGAGUAUUUCUAUUUUUCUUGGAAUGGAUGAUCAAACAAUAUCUCUAGCUGAAACACUAGAAAAAGAGAAUGUUGGUUUAUCUAUUUUGCCGAAGUUGAAGGAACUGCAUUUGGAAGUUAUCUCAAGAGUCUCCGAAUCAUUUGAUAAUUUCGUCACCGUUGAAAACACAAAGGCAAUUGAGGAGCUUUUCAGAAUAUUCCCCAUCAUACGCAAGCAUGAGUUGGGCCUUACUAAGUAUGGCAAAUAUAUUGCCACGAAGAUUGGUGAGAAAGCGGAGACGCAAUUUGCAGUCGUUACUUCUACACAGUCAUUUGACAAACCGAAUGUGCAUGUUGACUUAAUGACAUACCUACUUGAGCUCGCUGCUCAGGCUAUCCAAACCAAUGAGCCUGUAAUUCAUGACAGCUACGGUGGUGACAGCCUGCUGAAUUUCAUCUGCAUGAUUCAGACCCAAUGUGAUCACCAUGCCGAAAUCAUAUUUAUGGAUUUCAAAGAGAAACGCGAUCUAUCUGUCAUUUUGCAACGCGCCCGUCAUGAACUUUUGUUCAACAACCGCCCUUCCACCUUUGCGUCCUCUGGCGCCGGUCAAAACAAGCAAAGCUUACUGUGGGAUUACUGCUUGUCCACCGAAUCACUGAUUUCUGAUUCAGUUCUAUUUAAUGCAAGAAUCGAGCUCUAUCUCAACUUCCUUCGGCGGAGAUUGUCGACGGGCACAUUGCAGAAGAACGAAAAAGAACAUGGAAACUCUGCAGAAAUUCGGCAAUUUUUCAAUCAAUGUGGUCUAUCCAAAAUUUCACAAGAAAUCGUCGAUGCUUAUCUUCCCCUAGAACAGCUUUUUCUUCGGGAGCUGGUCAACAAGGCUAUAACGAUGGACGAGUUGGAUGAAUCCACGAGGAUCUUUCGUCUUGUUGAUGAUGUAUUUUUCGUGGUGAAAAAGUGUCUCAGCCGGGCCAUAUCCUCAGGAUGCGCCGAUGCUGUCUGCGCCAUGUUUAACCACACCAGCGCCGUGCUCUGCGACCAACUGAUUGAAGAGGCGCUCACCCCUCGCACUAAAAGUUGCACCUCAUCCGGGUGGAUCAAACAAGCCUACCAACUUGUCCACAAACGAGCUGGAAGUGGGAACAUUGCAACUGGACUGCUGGGGACAGCAAACACAGAGUCCGCCUCGAACGGGUCCGGGUAUACAUCUGCGGGCAACACGGUGGACCCCCAAACUCAGUAUCUCUACGCCCUAAACUCCCUGGAGGCCUGUUUGAACUGUCUAAUCAUCCUGCGUGACACUCUGGAGAAAUACAUCGAGGAGGUUUUCGGUCUGCGACCCAAAUCCGAUCUUGGGAAAUUGCAGGUGUGCCCCUUGACAUUGCUCCACAAUCUCGUAGAUAUGGGUAUGUUCGCAUUACUAACUGGGGAGUGGGCCUGCCUGUCAGACUUGAUCGAUUCUCUGUCGCGGGCUUUUCAAACCCUGAUAGAUGGGGGUUUUGAUCAACUACGCAGUGUAAUUCGACCCCAAGUGAAUUCACUCACACAAUCAUUCAAUUCGGUGAAAAGAGAUCUAUCUGAGGUGAGUUUGCAGCGCAGAAGGACCGAAACUGCUACUACUACGUUAACUAACCUUAAAGAGUUUGAGCAAUACGCAGUUAACGAUCCUUGGGUUGAGUCGCUGAUUGUGGGUUUGCAGAGCCUCUUAAAGCCAUUCCACGCAACUCUCUCGGCAGGAAACUACGAGAAGUUCUUGUCGUUGCUAGUUGACGAGAUCCUCUUCAGAUUGGAACGCUUCGUCCAACAGAAGAGCUACAAUAGGUACGGCGCUCUGCAAUUCGAAAAGGAGUUGCGGUGCAUCUUUAAUUUCUUCUCUUCCCUCUCUACCUUCUCGUGUCGUGAGAAGUUCGCACGCAUUCUUCAGAUUAGCAAAUUACUAAAUCUCGAAAAGGUAGAGGAAGUGAGUUACUAUGGCGAUGCCUCGAACUGGCGCUUGUCAGCAAACGAAAUACGACGGCUCCUUACGUUAAGGGUCGACUUCAAUGCCGAGGAAAUCAGAAGGCUACAUCUGUGA